AUUCCUUUUCUUUUGAUAUUUGAAAUUUGAAUUCUAUUAUCCUUGAAAUGCAACAUUUCAAAAAACCAUGUGUAUACAUCGAUGUGCAAUUGAAAAAGGAAUAUUCCUGCCAUAUCUCAUCGACUUCUAUCAACGCAUCUGGCCCUAAUUGCGUUACAUACAGACAGACAAAAGCAAAUCGAGUUGAAACAUAGACCUCACCAUGUUCGGUCAAUUAUACCUAAUGUUUCAUCCACACAUUGGCCCAGUCGCUGGUCUUCCCAUCCACACUGCAAUGUGACCAUUGUGUUGAAUAAAUGGAACACAUUACAAGCCCCAAAAAAUAAAAAAGUAACAGAAUAAAAACUAGGCCCUAAGCAACUCAGUCACACUGAGAAAGGGCAGAGCAGAUGACAAAACAGGAGACAACAGGAGCUUUGUUGACAACAGUGUGGAUGGGUGGUUUGCCAGCGCUCACCUUCUCUGGCCUUCAUUGACCUUUGCAGGGCUGGCCUUCACUCCACAAAAAUCUGAGCAGUUAUCCUUCCCACAUUGAGUCCUAGAGCUCAGUAUCAUUAAAUGAUGUUAGAACUAUAUAGUGAAUUCUAUUUCUAGUGAUUUGUCAUGUGUGAAUUGAAUCAGUUGUUCAUUGAAGUGAUUUGAUAUUGAUAUUUUGACUUAUUACUUUUAGGAGUCGUCAUCAUCAGCUGUUCGUGGGAGUGACUCCUCUGCUGAAGAGGAGGAAGGAGGUAACAAUGAAAGAUUGGGAGAAGAAGAAGUCAAACAAGAGAAUGUGUUAUACAAAACUACUCUCAAAAAAACCCAUCUGUGUACAUUCUGUACAAAACGUUUUUCUCAAUCUUGUCAUUUAACUGUUCAUAUGCGUACUCAUACAAAAGAGAAGCCUUUCCAGUGUACAGUGUGUACUAAAAUGUUCUCUAAUUCUGCAAAUUUGACUGUUCAUAUGCGUCGUACUCACACAAAAGAGAAGCCUUUCCAGUGUACAGUAUGUACUAAAAGGUUCUCCACUAAUGGUGAAUUGACUCUUCAUAUGCGUACUCACACAAAAGAGAAACCUUUCCAGUGCACAGUGUGUACUAAAAGGUUCUCCUUGUCUGGUAAUUUAAGCAUUCAUAUGCGUAUUCACACCAAAGAGAAGCCUUUUCAGUGUACAGUGUGUACUAAAAGGUUCUCCACUAAUGGUGAAUUGACUGUUCAUAUGCGUACUCACACAAAAGAGAAGCCUUUCCAGUGUACAGUGUGUACUAAAAUGUUCUCCACUUCUUAUAAAUUAACUGUUCAUAUGCGUACUCACACAAAAGAGAAGCCUUUCCAGUGUACAGUGUGUACUAAAAGGUUCUCCACUUCUGGUGAAUUGACUGUUCAUAUGCGUACUCACACAAAAGAGAAGCCUUUCCCGUGUACAGUGUGUACUAAAAUGUUCUCUAAGUCUACAAAUUUGACUGUUCAUAUGCGUACUCACACAAAAGAGAAGCCUUUCCAGUGUACAGUAUGUACUAAAAGGUUCUCCACCUCUGGUGAUUUAACAAGGCAUAUGCGCACUCACACAAAAGAUAAGCCUUUUCAGUGUACAGUGUGUACAAAAAGGUUCUCCGAUUCUGGUAAUUUGUCUGCUCAUAUGCGUACUCACACAAAAGAGAAACCUUUCCAGUGUUCAGUGUGUACUAAAAUGUUCUCCACUUCUUAUAAAUUAACUGUUCAUAUGCGUACUCACACAAAAGAGAAGCCUUUCCAGUGUUCAGUCUGUACAAAGAGGUUCUCCACUUCUGGUGAAUUGACUGUUCAUAUGCGUACUCACACAAAAGAGAAACCUUUCCAGUGUUCAGUCUGUACAAAGAGGUUCUCCACUUCUGGUGAAUUGACUGUUCAUAUUAUGCGUACUCACACAAAAGAGAAGCCUUUCCAGUGUUCAGUCUGUACUAAAAGGUUCUCCACUUCUGGUGAAUUGACUCUUCAUAUGCGUACUCACACAAAAGAGAAACCUUUUCAGUGUACAGUGUGUACUAAAAGGUUUUCUUUUUCUGGUAAUUUAACCAGUCAUAUGCGUAUCCACACCAAAGAGAAGCCUUUUCAGUGUACAGUCUGUACAAAAAGGUUCUCCAUUUCUGGUAAUUUGUCUGUUCAUAUGCGUACUCACACAAAAGAGAAGCCUUUCCAGUGUACAGUGUGUGCAAAAAUGUUCUCUCAGUCAACAAGUUUGACUCAGCAUAUGCAUACCCACACAGUUUAAACAAAUCAAUUUCUUCUCUACUGGUGUGUAUUACAUAAUUAUGUUAUAUGUUCCUGAAAUUAUUCAAAUUUAUUCAUCCUUAAUGAAAAUUACAAAGUUUAAAACUUAAAGUAUAAAAUACAUUACUUGAACUAAUACAUAUCAAGCCUUUGUUUUUCAAUUAUCAAUGUUACUUCAUAAUACUAGUUACCUCAUUUAUACUAGUUACUAAUACUAACUCGUAGCUCAUAAUUUAUACAUUAUAUAGUUAAAUAAUAGUGUAUCAUGGUGAUUGGAAAGUAAAGAAUGUCUCAGUAGAGUUUCAUUGUCAAAUUCAUUGACCUAAUAGAUCAAAUUUUGUUAGCUUCUUGAGUUCAGCUUGUUCUUGCAUCUAUUCUUCCCUCGGCCUGCCUAUGCAUCUUUUAUUUUCAGCUUAAGUAAUCCAGUUCCCAAUCCAAGACUAUUUUGAUAAUGACAUAUUUAAUAGUGAAGUCCCCAGGCCACGGUACAAACGGGCAGGUUUGAUGAUGGGGCACUACACAGGGUUAUCUUCCUCAACUCAUCUGUCUCUAAAUGUUUUUGAAAUAUAUAAUAUUAGAAAACAUUUUAGACAAUAUACUUCAAAUUCCGGCACAUUAUUCCUUUAUUUUCAUACAGAUUGUAAUAUUUAUCAUUGUAUUCAUCAGAUUUUUAUGCUCUCUUAUAUGCUUAGAAAGUUGUCAUUUAUGUGUUAUGAAUAUUUAUGUACUAUUUCUUCACAACAUAUUUGAAUACUAUGUAUUGAAAUAAACUCACAUUCAUUUCAUUAGGAAUGUUGUAAGAAUUGAGUGUUACUAAACAACUUUUUAGGAACUGGGUACUGAGUGAUUGAGUAAGGGUAUUUUAAUUUUGUUGCCAACCCUAUUAAAGGAAGUGUAGUUUUGGCCUAUGAAAGAAAAGCACUAAGGACUGUUGAUUGAUAAAUGUCCCUAUAAUUGGCAGGCUUUAAUAAGAUGAAACUGAGCUUUUUGGUUUUAAAUAUUAGACUAUCUAUGUCCAAAGACUGCCUUUCACUAUUAUAUUGAUUUUAUCCACUAGUUUUGAUAAUUAUGAAUAUGUCCAUUGAUAUUUUAUUGUUAGUUUUAGUCUAUGUAUUGAUUUAUGGAAUUCUAAGACUAUUUUCAAUUUUAUUUUAUAAUAGUAUAGUCUAUGACAUGUGAAUAAAUAGAUAGAUAGAUAGAAAAAU